AUGCUUUCUUCAUAUUGUUUGAACGCAGAGGAUGCGAGAGAUGACAGCAUGCGAAUGGUGAUAAGGGCAUAUAUUGACCGAAACGUUGAAUGUUUUCCGGCGACGUUCAUUUCAACAGAACAAAGGCGCAACGUGUGGACGAUAAUCCAUUCGAGGAAAUAUGCUGCCACCGUCCACCCCUCCUCCUCUUCGACCACCGUUGUCGCUAGUACCUCCACCACGACUUUCUCCAAGCGGGUGGCUAAUUUGAUACAAUUCAGGAAACCGGCAUCCAUUCCAAUUUCACCCGCUCCACCAGCGGUUUUUUCGGUUCCUCCGCCGCCAACGAGCGAACUGACGGAUUAUCUCAUCGAUAUGUAUUUGGGCAAAGAGCCGGCCAGGCGACCAGCACCCACACCGGCGCCGCCAUCGCCGCCACCGCCGGCGCAAUCACGGCCCACUAAUCCGUUUUUGAAGAAACCCAGCUUGAAAAGGAAAUGGUCAUUGAUGAUUCCCGUCACCACAAGCGCUACCGUUAGCACCACAAGCGCUACCUUCACCACCACAAGCGCUACCGUCACCACCACAAGCGUUACCGUCACCACAAGCGCUACUGUCACCACAAGCGAUACUAUCACCACGAGCGCUACCGUCACCACGAGCGCUACCGUCACCACGAGCGCUACCGUUACCACAAGCGCUACCGCCAGCGGCACAGCAAAGAAACCGAAACUUUUUCAAUCCUUCUUUCGGUUGGAUAAGCCCAAUUCUUCUUCUUCGUCGACGACUGCUACUGCUACUGCUGCCAGUAAUCCGAAUCCUGUGUCGUUAGUGGUCUCCUCCGUGCUUCCUGGUAGCAACACACCAACAACAUCCUCAUCCUCCACUAGCAUCGGCCACACCUUCAAAUAUGCGGCAUUGGUCGAAAAACUUGUUCAAUUGGAGGAGACUUGGAGGGUCACAUUGCAUCAUUCGUCUCCCAGUUCAGCGCAGCGGGAUGCCAGAGGAGGACACCACCGAGAACCAGAACUUCAUCGCUACCAGAAGCAAAGGACGCCACCAGGGCUAUCGAAUCGCAGUCAUAAAGAAAUAGAAGAGACCCCAGAGGGACAACGCCUCAAAAGGAGACGAGUGGAGACACCUCCAACGGCUGUAGAAGAAGACGAGUUAAUCAAGCUCGCUGAAGAGACAAUAAAAAAAAUCGGGGACACCCAGACCCUUGUAAAACAAAACUCCAAUACAAAGGUGGAAAUCAAGAGAGCCGUGGAAACGUUGACCGGCCUGGCGACAAAGUUAAACAGGGCAAUAAAACAAAACCGAAGACGUGAGGGUGACAACGAAAUCGAUCCAGACUGA